UACUUCUCUCAACUGCCAGAAGUCAGGGAUUCCUUGGAGUAGCAUUAAAGCCUUUUGUUCUACAUCUCUCAUCUUCACACACAACCAAACUUUGGUGAAAAAUUCUUUCAAAAUCUCACAUUUCUUUUUCAUGAGCUCAUGUUUGCUCUUCUCCUCCAUGAGAUAGAUAGAUGAUUUCUGAAUGAUCAAAGCUAGAGAUGAGCUCAGCCACUCAUAGCUCCUCCCUCUUUCUCAUCUUUCUCCUCUUGAUUAGCUUUCAGCUUCUUGCUUCUGCAAAUGGUGAUGCGGAAGCUGAGAUUGAGAAGGUCUCAGGGAAAGACAAAGUGGAGGGAAGAGAGCUAAGUUUUCUCAUGAUUACAAAGCUUGGGAUGCUUUUUAGUCUGCAUGGUUCAAGCAAACACACAAUAGCUCAUCAGUUAGCUCCAGCCCAAGCACCAACAGAAGCAGUACUUGAGAGCUUCUCUCCUCUUCCAUCCCUCCACAAGCUCCACAUCUAUCACAUAGCACCAUCCCAUGGAACAGAAGAACCAUUAUCAGAAAGACAAAAGGUGGCACAGAGAAAGCAUUUACAGAUGAUUAUGACAAUCUCUGCAUCUGUCUUAGCAAGCUUAGUUAUCUUUGGAGCCAUGGCAAUGGUGGUGCUAGUUUAUAGACGGCGUGGAAGAAAUGAUUGCCAUGGAAAUACUUCUAACAAGGUGAGUUUUGAUCCUGAGCCAGCCAUGUUUUACUUUGACUCCUUGGCUCCAUUUCUUGAGAGUGAUUCAGAUCACAAGCUAUGUUCUGAAUCCAAGAGGUGUGUUUCUGCUGAAAAUAAUGUUACCUUUGAAAGUGAAGGGAUGACUCCACACCCAUUUUUGGAUUCUAAGAACCAAUCAGCAGAAGCUGCAAAACAAAAUUUUGAGGCUUCUUCAGAUGGGAGUGAAUCAUUUCAUUCUAUAUGCUGUUCUCAUUGCUCCAUCGAGUUGAUGACUGCUUACAUUCAACCAAGCUCAGAUUUUUCAACAGAAAAUGGUCAUUUUUCUCCUCUCACAUCCUCAAAAUUGAAUGUAUUUUCAGCUCAAAGCAUAGAGAAACCAGUAAUGUCUACCAAUUCGAUUCCUUACAAUACAAGAAAAAUUCCACAUUCUCUUGUUCCAGAAAGCUUAGACAGUAAACCAUCUCUGCUCUCAAGAACACUAAAAAAUGAGAAUGACAAAGAACCUCUUCCUUCUCCCCAAUCUCUUAAUCUUGAAAUGGAACCAGAAGCAAGUUGGUCUUCUUCCAGAAAUACUAAAAGCUCAAAUCUCAGGGUUAAAAUAUUCACUGAAUCAAGUAAUCUAGCUAAUAGAACAGAUCAGGCAUCAGCAACUAUAACAGCAGGUAAAGUAAAUGCAGUAAAAAAGCUUCAAACUUUGCAAAGCAUCAAAGGGCAACAGAUGUCAAAACCUCCUCCACCUCCGCCGCCACCGCCACUACCGCCUUUUCCAAGGAGCAGUAACUUUGGCAAGCCUGUUCCCCCUCCUCCAUUCCAACAGCAGCAAAGCUCAGCGGUUGAUAAAAAUGGUAAUCCACUCCCAAAGCUGAAACCACUUCAUUGGGACAAAGUAAGAGCUGCACCUCACCGUUCUAUGGUAUGGGACAACAUCAGAUCAAGCUCAUUUGUAUUGGAUGAGAAAACAAUCGAAUCGCUUUUCGGGUACAACAUGCCAUGCUCGGUAAAGAAUGAAGAAUCAAAAAGCAAGAAUUCAACUCCCAACAAACAAGUCCUUGAACACAAGAGACUUCAGAAUUUCACCAUUCUAUUGAAAGCCCUGAAUGCAACAGCAGAACAAGUCUGCAAGGCUCUGAUACUAGGUAGUGGAUUGGGUACCCAGCAACUGGAAGCUCUUGCAAAAAUGGCGCCCACAAAGGAAGAAGAAGAGAGAAUAAUUAAGUGUGGAGAUGACACAGAUGAGUUAGGAUCUACAGAAAAAUUUCUGAAAGACAUACUCAGAAUUCCAUUAGCCUUCUCAAGGAUUGAAGUCAUGUUAUACAAGGAGAUAUUCGAAGAUGAAGUUAUUCACCUGAAAAAAUCAUUUACAAUCUUAGAGGAAGCCUGCAAGGAAUUGAGAUCAAGCAGACUCUUUUUAAGAUUACUCGAAGCAGUGCUGAAAACCGGAAAUCGAAUGAACGUUGGGACGAUACGAGGCGGUGCGAGAGCCUUCAAGCUCGAUGCUUUGCUGAAACUCGAAGAUGUUAAAGGAACGGAUGGGAAAACCACAUUGUUGCAUUUUGUUGUCCAGGAAAUUUAUAAAUCAGAAGGCCUAAUUACUCAUGAAAAGAGCAAUGUAAAGCCUUCCACAAAAAGUGAAGCCAAGAACACGAAGGAGAAGGAAGAGGAGUGCAAUGGAAGGGAACUAGAAAUAGUCUCUCAAUUGAAUACCGAGCUCUGCAAUGUGAAGAAGACAGCAACCAUGGAUUUAGAUGUGUUGAUGAGCUCGGUUUUAAAUCUAUCUAAAGGGAUGAUGAAACUGAAAGAACUGGUGGAAGGGGAGCUUUCAGGGAAUAAGAGGGAUGUAAGCUUUGUGAACUCAAUGAGAGUGUUUCAGAAAGAAGGAGAUGGGAUCAUUAAUGAACUAAAGGAGUCUGAGGGGCAAGUUUUUCGCCAUGUGAGGGAGAUCACUGAGUACUAUCAUGGAGAUGUAGGCAAGGAUGAGGUGAAUCCACUUAGUAUUUUCGUAAUUGUUAGUGAUUUUCUCGGCAUGUUGGAUCGAAUUUGCAAGGAAUUAAGAAGCUCAAAGAGCCCACAGCCUUUGAAUCUUGUGGCUAGAGGAUGUUGAAUUUGUUCAAUAUGACAGAUUUCAUAUAUAAAUACACAUGUUUUUUGCCUACUUUUUUUAUGUUAUGAUUUUUGGGUUU